AUGGGAACUUCAUCUUCGAACGAUGUGACUGCGGGAAUGAACUCCAGCGCCGGAGAAGGAAGUGAAGAUGGAAGGAACGUUGACAUGUUGAAAUUAUUGGAAAUUGGAUUCGCCACUGCCCGCCACCAACUUCCAUUGCCGCCUUCGCCCACCUCCACCUCCAGCAACGUUGCCAAAGGUGGUCGGAGGCAGAGGUGGUGGCGGCGGUGCUGGUGGUCAUUUCUCUGCCCGCUGUCGCCGCCACCUACCUCCACCCAUUUCCAGCAACAUUGUCGGAGGCGGAGGCGGAGGUGGCAGCGUUGGAUAGAGAAACCACCAACGUCGCCGCUGCCACCUCUGCCUCCGGCGACCUCUGGCAACAUUGCUGGAGGUGGAGGCGAAGCUAUUCUCUACGCUGAGAACCUCAAACUCACCAGAGAUGGGAAGGACGUUUGGAUCUUCGACAUCGAUGAGACCAUCCUCUCCAACCUACCUUACUAUGCCAGACAUGGAUUUGGGGUAGAACCAUUUAACUCAACGUUAUUCAAUGAAUGGGUUAAUACUGGAGAGGCACCUCCACUGCCUGAGAGCCUGAGGCUUUACAGGAAGUUGCUCUCCUUAGGUUUGAAGAUUGUCUUCUUAACAGGAAGAUCUGAAGAUCAAAGAAAAGCCACCUCAACCAAUCUUAAGAAAGCAGGAUUUCAUACUUGGGAGAAGCUCAUACUAAAAAAAUCAUCCAAUCAAGGAACCACAGCAGUUGUGUACAAAUCAGGAGAGAGGAAGACGCUUGAAGAGAGUGGUUACAGAAUUGUUGGGAACAUUGGAGAUCAAUGGAGUGACAUCUUAGGGAACAACACUGGAAAUAGGACCUUCAAGUUGCCGGAUCCUAUGUACUACCUUAGUUGA